AUGCGACCAGACGGUCCUCGCGAUCCCGUGGCCGGGCCGGACAGUGGCCCCGAGCCCCCCUUUCCCGUGCGCUUGUCCGGGCCCGUGAUCAAAGGCUUCGGACGAGGGAGUAAAGAGUUGGGCAUCCCCACGGCCAACAUUCCCGCCGACGGUCUAUCGGACUACCCGGAUCUUCAGGUUGGGGUGUACUAUGGCGUUGUCGCUUUGGACCCGUCCAAGUUCGCCUAUGCAGCCGAGCCCUCGACGUCGACGAAUAUUCUUCCUGCCGUGUUGAGCAUCGGAUAUAAUCCAUUCUACAAGAAUACCACGCGAUCGGUGGAAAUCCACAUCAUGCCACCACUCUCGUCGCCUUCACCCACAGCCACAGGGGAACCCGGCCAUGUGAGAUUCCACAAGCUACCGGACUUUUACGGCACCAACCUGAACCUGCUGAUCCUGGGGUACAUUCGGCCCGAGUACGACUAUGUGUCGCUGGAGGCCUUGGUGGAGGAUAUCCGACUGGACUGCGAGGUCGCACGGCAGAGUCUGCAGCGACCGACGUAUGCCUGCUACUUAACAGGAGAGGAGAGUGGAUCGGAGACCGUGACGGCCCAAUGUCGGUGGUUGACGGGGUUUUAA